AUGGAGCACGGAGACGAGCCGCACAUUCCAACGGGCCCACGUGACGCGGCCGCGCGGGCUGAGGAGCUGCUGAGGCCCGAGGGUCCCGAGCCCGCCGUCCCGGACACCGCCCGGGAGGGACCCGAUCGAAACUUCCGACUGAGCGAGCACCGCCAGGCCCUGGCCGCCUCCCGGCACCGAGGCCCUGCGGCGGCCUCGGGGAGCCCGGAACCCCGCCCCGGACUGUGGGUCGAAGAGCACCGGGCAGAGAGGAUCCGCCAGGGUUGGGAACGAGGCGGUGAUCGCAGCGAUCGGCCUUCCAGCGCGGGCCCUGCCCAGCGACAGGACCCGGAGACCGAGGUGACCCCGGUGCGGGGCAGCGAGACCGCCCCGAGCAGCGCCACCGAGACCGUGGUCGUGGCCAGAUCGGAUCCUAGAGAUGAGAAGCUCGCCCUGUACCUGGCCGAAGUGGAGAAGCAGGACAAGUAUCUUCGAGAGAGGAAUAAGUACCGGUUCCACAUCAUCCCCGACGGCAACUGCCUGUACCGAGCUGUCAGCAAGGCUGUGUACGGGGACCAGAGCCUGCACCGAGAGCUGAGGGAGCAGACGGUGCACCAUAUUGCUGACCACCUCGACCACUUCAGCCCCCUGAUCGAGGGCGACGUGGGGGAGUUCAUCAUCGCCGCCGCCCAGGACGGCGCAUGGGCCGGCUACCCCGAGUUAUUGGCCAUGGGGCAGAUGCUGAACGUCAAUAUUCACUUAACAACGGGAGGGAGGUUGGAGAGCCCCACGGUGUCUACCAUGAUUCACUAUCUGGGCCCUGAGGAUUCCCUGAGGCCCAGUAUUUGGCUCAGUUGGCUCAGUAAUGGACACUACGAUGCGGUUUUUGAUCACUGCUAUCCUAACCCAGAGUAUGAUACUUGGUGCAAACAGACUCAAGUGCAAAGGAAACGCGACGAGGAACUUGCCAAAUCCAUGGCCAUAUCCCUGUCCAAAAUGUACAUCGAACAAAAUGCAUGCUCUUGAAAUGUCUGAAAACCUUACGUCCUCAGGAAAUUGCGUACUUAAGUUGUGUUUGGAGAAAUCACCUGAACUCUAAUCAGGGUAAUAGCACCUUUAAACUUCCUAGUAGAUUUACAGUAGGGGUGAAGCCUUAAUCUUCCUUCUUUUUUAAAGUGUUUUCUCAGAGCUGAAGGUUGCUGGGCACCUAAAUGAUGUUUCAUGAUAGCUUUGGGUGAUUCUACUGCUAUUUAUAAUUUGCUGUAUACAGUGAACACUACUUAAUUUGCAAGCUGAUUUCUCACAGUAUGAAACUGUUCAUUCCUUGUAGUCUAUUUUCUAUAAAAAUGUAUUUUUGCACAACAUUUAAAAAAUCGGUGUAACUUUCAUCUGAUGUGUUCCAGUUUGACAGCUUUUAAGCAUACAUUCAGAGAAAUGCUUUAUAUGAAAUAUUAUUUUGAGCAAUUUGUGAUUUAGUAGUUAUUUGUUAAAAUUUGAAUUUCACAAUUUUUAGAUAAUUAUUCCAAGUGGAGAUUAUUGCAUUCGAGUUUCCAGAUGAUUGACCCAUUCCAUUUUGAUGAAACAGGCAGAAUUGUUUUUCUAGAAAUGUUUAAAGAGAAUGACAGUGUUUAGAAAGAAAUACUGAUGGGGGGGUGGCUGGGGAAAGAAUUUUUUUUUUUUUCUGUAAAGGAUAAUAAUGGCAGGUCUUACUUGAAGGAGAGUGUGAUACUUGCUGAUGGCAGACCCAGGAUUUUGUCUGGGUGGUAUUUAGAAUAGAUUGUCUGGUGCUCUAAAUUGUUUUUAUUUACUAUGCUUGUCAUUUUGUUAGGAAAGAUGUGAUAUAGGAUCUUGUGACAAGUCUCCUGCUUGAUGUAACUUUGUGGAUUCAACUAAGAGAUUGGAAAACAAAUACCAACUUUGGUGGUUACUGUAUAGCAGGAGAACACUGUCUUAAUCUGUUCUUUUUAAGUUCUCCCAAAAGGCAAAAUAGGAUUAUCCUAUAUUAUGUAAAAAGCUCUAUAAACAGAGCUUGUGUGGGCUUGUGUGGUUUGCUGGGUCAAACAAUGUUUCCAACCGAAAGACUAUCUCAUUGCCACUUUAACUACUUUUAGUCAUAUUUAUUAAGUAAUGCAGUUUGUACUUUUUAAUUUUGUAAUAUUUUGUGAUUUUUUUUGUAUAAUACUGUGUUCAUACAAUAGGACAAUUCUCAGCUGAUGGAAUGAAUAAAAUGCAUACUUCUACUUUUA